UGAAAAUCGGAAGGGUCAAAAGGGAGAAGAAGCCAAUUUAAGGAAGUGAAGACGGUAUCGGAGCUUUGAUCUUGUUCCUACUCAAAAGGAAAUUCAGAUAAACAGAUGGAACAGUCACUGAGCUCUCUUGCAUACAAGGGUUCUAUACCUGAAGCAAUCACUGAAGCAAAGAAGCAGAGGAAACUUUUUGUCGUUUACAUUUCAGGUCAAGAUUCUGAGUCUAGUAGUUUGGAACAUACCACAUGGACUGAUGUAAAGGUUGGAGACUCUGUAUCAAAGUACUGCAUCUUAUUGCAUCUGCUUGAAGAAAGCACUGAUGCUACCAACUUUUCUGCAAUAUACCCACAGAAAUCAGUACCAUGUAUAACAGCUAUUGGAUUCAAUGGUGUACAACUUUGGCAAAAUGAGGGUUUUGUCAGUGCUGACGUUCUGGCUUCCAGUUUAGAGAAGGUGUGGUUGAGUCUACAGAUCCAGGAGACAACUGCAACUGUUCUGAGUGCAGCUCUUGCUUCAAAGAAAUCUGAACCAUCUGCUUCCGGGAUUCCUACUCCGGCCUCAACUGGUGGAAGUUCCUUGAGUGCAGCUUCUCUCUCUGAUCAAGGGAGUUCUUCAAGUACGGUUGUUACAUUGCCUUUAAUAGCGGAAAAUGGUCAAUUACAAGGGGCUGUGGAGGUCGCCCCUAACAUGAUAAAAAAAAGUGAAGUUCGUGAAUGCGAAUUUGAGGGUAAAAGCAAGGAUAUAAGUGACAUGACAUCAUCAAAACCAGUUUAUGCUAAUGAGGAAGUUGGGGAAAAACAGUCCAGCAGCUCUUCCACUGAAGCUGGCCAAGAAUCGGAGGAUGUUGACAUAAAUGAGAGCAAGAAUGGAGGUGAUCAUAUUUCUUCCAUUACUGACGGUAUAAGCUCCAGAGGGAUGACAGUUGAUCAAUCCAUCUUGAUAGGAGGUUCACAAGCAUCUGGUGUUGUAGAAACUGAAACUUUGAAGGUAGGGACCAGUGAAGCUGAAGAUGAAGAGACGUUAGCAUUAGAGCAUUGCACAAAGGUAACUAAAUCAAGUGAUUCUCAAUACCCUAGAGAAAUCAAUGUUAAACAAUCUGGUGUCAUGGGAGGAGCUUCAGAAGCAUCUAGUAUUGAAGAAAAUGAAGCUGCGCAAGCUGUCAAGGGUGAAGCUGAAGACAUUAAGAAGGUAAUUAAAUCAAGUGACACUUAUUUGAAUAUCCGAUUACCCGAUGGUACCAGUUUGCAAGAAAUGUUUUCUGUGACAAGCACUUUGAGAAUUGUCAAGGAGUAUGUUGAUCAACACCAAGGAAGUGGUAUUGGUAGUUUUGACCUUGCCAUCCCUUAUCCUCGCAAGGUAUUCACUGAGCAAGAUCUAGGUAAAUCAUUAUCUGAGUUGGACCUGUAUGGUAGACAAGCAUUGAUAGUGGUUCCGCAUCAGCAAGGGACUGGUUACCUCAGAGGGAGAUCUUCACUCGCAGACCAAGCAGUUUCAAGAAAUGCUGUCAAUACCCCAGAUGGAAGCAACGGGAGCUACUUUUCUUAUGUGAAGAGAGUAUUGUCUUUCAUAAAUCCCCUUUCUUAUCUAGGUGGCAGUGCUAGCCCAUCAAGUUCAGGAGAGCAACCCCAAAAUGACAUGCGGCAAUAUAGCCCAAAUCCUACACUAGGAAAUAACUCAACCCAAAGCACGUCUGAAAGUGGUAGAACCGAAGGGACUCGCAAACGGCCACCAGCAUCUCGUUUUGGGAGUAACAUUCACACACUGAAGCAUGAUGAAGAUGAUGAACGAUUCAGUGAUAGAAACAAGUUCUGGAAUGGUAAUUCUACACAGUAUGGUGGCAAUGACGACAGCAAAUAAUAUUGCAUUCUUGUUUGUUAUACAAUACUUAUGUCUAGUCACUAGUCGACUUGUAAUUAAUUUGACAUGGAUUCCAAACUUUCAAGUUCUGGCUGUGAAUGAGUCAAAUUACUUACUCCAUGCCAUGAGUUGAAUAGUGUACUGAUUUAAGAUAAACGUCUCGUGGAGCUGUAGUAAAUAUUCUUGGUGAAAUAGUAGUAGAUAAUAGCGGAAAGUUCUGAUGGCAUUAACACUUUUCUUUUCCAUAUUGUAAUAUCGAAUUCUUUUCUAUUCGCACAGAACGGGUUGCAAAAAUAAAUUCUUCCCAGGACAUUUUCUGAAUGUCUCUUCCUAAUCUCCA